AUGAAUGAAGAAAAAUUCAUAGAAGUGAAUGUCAAACCAACUUCAACACUUCAAGAAGUCACAGCCAAACAAACCAAAUUCUUUAUGUUUAUUUUAGAUAAUGGUUAUCAUUUUUUUGAUUUUCUUCCACCAGAUACUAAAGAUCUUGCAAAAUAUAUUGCAGAUACUCUGGCUUCAAGAAAUCCUGAAAUGUUCAAACGGUACACUGAUGAAAAACAACUUGAAUUGUUCUACAAUAUCAAAGCAAAAGAAAAUAGAUUCGAUCCGAGAAACGGAAAGCGACCAUAUCUUGAACCUAGCGUUUCAAAUGCUCCUGUUGUGACUAUUUAUGUUUCAACAAAAGAAUCUAAUUAA